AUGAACUGGAGGAAGAGACACUUUUUACCCGGCUGGGUACACGACUAUGACGCGGUCUAUCUGGCACCCCCAGUCAACGACCCAGACAUCAAGUAUCAAGUGGAUCCUGAGCCAUCAAAGGUCUCUGAUGAAGGGCCAGUAGAGGUAUCAGACAUCAAAUACAUCAUUGAUACAGAAGACAGGCUUGGCGAGCUGAAACUUCUCAAAGCAGAACAGGUGGAUCCUGAGCCAUCAAAGGUCUCUGAUGAAGGGCCAGUAGAGGUAUCAGACAUCAAAUACAUCAUUGAUACAGAAGACAGGCUUGGCGAGCUGAAACUUCUCGAAGCAGUAAAGGUAACAUCAUAUGCAUCCAAGUAUUUAUUCAGGGACGCGACAGUCGAGGCCUGCAACCAGAUAACUCUACCCACUGCCUAUGUCAAACUGUAUCGCAUUGGAGUGCUGGAUAGAAUUGCCAGAACCCUUCACCAAAAGCAGCGCUCUGAUGACGAUUAUGAUGAUGUUGAUGAUGAUUAUGAACCAUCAUCAGCUGAUAGUGGGAGUGAUUCGUCUGCAGAAGAGGAGGAAGAAGGAAAAAAUGAAGAAAUGGUAGGAGAGGGGAGUGUUUCAUGCAAGACUACUUCUAAAAAGCUUCAUCAAUGUAAAUUCUGUGCAAAGAGCUUCUCUCAGAAUUCUAAUUUGACUGUUCACAUCCGUACUCAUACCAAAGAGAAGCCUUAUCAUUGUACAGUCUGUACAAAAACGUUCUCUCAGUCUGGUCAUCUAACUAUUCACAUGCGUACUCACUCCAAAGAGAAGUCAUUCCAGUGUACAGUCUGCACCAAAAGGUUCUCUGUUUCUAGUAGUUUGACAGUUCAUAUGCGUACCCACACCAAAGAGAAGCCAUUCCAGUGUACAGUCUGCACCAAAAGGUUCUCUGAGUCUGGUGCCUUGACUAAGCAUAUGCGUACUCACACCAAAGAGAAGCCAUUUCAGUGUACAGUCUGCACCAAAAGGUUCUCUGAGUCUGGUGUGUUGACUAAGCAUAUGCAUAUUCACACCAAAGAGAAGCCAUUUCAGUGUACAGUCUGCACCAAAAGGUUCUCUGUGUCUGGUGAUUUAACUGUUCAUAUGCGUACCCACACCAAAGAGAAGCCAUUCCAGUGUACAGUCUGCACCAAAAGGUUCUCUGUUUCUAGUAAUUUGACAGUUCACAUGCGUAUUCACACCAAAGAGAAGCCUUUUCAGUGUACAGUCUGCAACAAAAGGUUCUCUGAGUCUGGUCAUUUAACUGUUCAUAUGCGUACCCACACGAAAGAGAAGCCAUUCCUGUGUACAGUCUGUACAGGAAGAUUUUCCCAUUCUAGUAAUUUAACUCGUCAUAUGCGCACUCACACCAAUGAGGGACCAUUCCAGUGAACAGUAUGUAGAAAAAGUUCUCUCAGUGUGGAAAAAUGAAUCAACAUAAUAUGCGUUGUCACACAUCAGUUUAGAAUGUCUGAGUUUCUUCUCUAUUGGUGUGUUGUCUGUGUAAUAUCUCUCCAAUAUUGUU